GUCUGGUCAAAGUGAAGUCACCGCUCGGAUUUAAGUCACGGAGGAUAAAUUUGCGGCAGUCGUUAUUCCUGGAAUUGCUGAACGGAAGCAAGGCACGUAUAAAUUCGAGGAGAUGUCGGUAGCUUAGAUUUUACAAGGCAGGAUAAAGUGAUUGAGGUUUUGGGGAUUAAACGGCGGCGUGAACAUGGGAUUUAUACGAGUAAAAUUGAUCGAGGUGGAACCGGCGGCUAGCUGGUCGAAAAAUCCGCAUCCAUUCGAAUCUUAUUGUGCUGUGCACAUAAAAGAAGCAGUCAUGUCUGCAACCCAAGGGAUCUCUUUGGUUCAGAAGAAAAAGACUAUCUAUCCUGAGUGGAAUAAAUGCUUUGACACUCAUCUUUACGAUGGCCGCGUCAUAACGAUCGUUGUUUUACAAAAGCCAAGUGGAAGAGUCAUUGCCGAAGUUUCCAUCGGAGUUCAGUUUUUAGUCGAUCAAUGUAAACGUGACACUCAUGGAUUUUCUAGCGUUUGGGUAAGUUGGAUGCAUUUUACAGUACAUUAUUUUUCGUUAGAAAGUAUGUUACAUAUUGGCACUGUGGGAAGCUAUAAAAAGCAAUCAAUCUUGUAUUAGAAAGCGCAUGUCUCGUACUUGUCUGCGAAUAGAUUGAAUUCAUAAUAUCAAAAUAACAUUUGUUGAUUCGUACUUUGUAAACGAACAUGCACUUUAACUUAACUGUAGUUUCGAUUUCCUUGUUUCCUCUAUCCAUUUUUUUAAAAAUUUGAUCUUAAAACAGUUAUAAAAAGUACAUGUAUCUUGAGAAGCGAAAGAGCUAGUGGAAUGUUUUGGUCACAAACGAAGAAACAGCUUGCAUAGAAUGAAAGUCAUCAAGAGUCGAAGCAAGAUUUGCAUACGUCGUAUACAUUAAUCAAUAGUUGACGUUAAGCUGUAUCAUUUGUUCAGUUCAACUUGUGUGGAUUCUGUAUUACAGACUGCGAUAACGGCACACCCUUAAACAUUUAUGAAUCUAAGAAUGUUCGCUUUGGUUAUUCACUAUAAUUACAUUUUCUAUUUUAAUCACCAAUUUUUCGACACUUUAUUCCUUUUGUCGACAGUCAAUUUAUUAUUGUUAUUGUCAGUUGAAAUCAAUAGCUUUGAUAUUAAAUUUGAUUGCAUCUGCGAUUGUACUUGUAGAAGAAUGCUUUGUAAAACUCUUAAUGGACUUCAUUUUUCAAUUAUAAAUUUAAUUAAAUGAACCCGGGUGAUAUAAUUUUUUUUCUUCGGUAUCAUUGGGUGUAAUUUUAUUUAUAUUGUCAAGUUAUCCUGGUCGAAUAGCUGGAUUUAUUAUCUAAACACUAAUGGAAUACCAGGUGGGCUUUCACACACAAGUCAUGUUAUUAUUAGAUCCGAAAUUGGUGAUGAAUUCCAACAUUUGUUGAAAUGUACCCACUCAUCACUUUCUCAUAUAAGGGGUAUAUAAAAAAAAUCUUCUUGGAGAGCCUAUACUCGAUAAACAGUAAUUUUACGAAUAUGUCUUGCAAGGCACUUUUUUUAUAUCAUGUCUAUGUGCGAUGAAAACAUCGUAAAUCUCAGUUCUCUUAUAUUGAAAUAUUCCAAAUUGUUAUGCAUCCGAACUCUAAUUAAACUUUCUUACCAUACGAGUAGCAUAGAAGCCGUACAUAGCCAAGUAAUUUUUCUUUUAUGAUAAUAUUCAAUUGUUCCUUUCUUUCUUACUUAACUUUUAUUUUACUUUUUUCAUUUGUCAUUGUUUAAGUACUGAAAUCUUCGUGUCGAAGAUAGAGUCAAUAAAGUUGUUACUAAUUAUGAAAACAUGAAUUAUUAACAAUUUAUCGUCACAUGUGGAAAGAUCACCAUUGCUGUGGCUACAAAAUAAAUCAUACCUUUAGCAGCAAAGUAGUAUUAAAGUGAAAUGGUUUGGUAUUUCAUUUGUGUUUGUAUAAUAAAUAGAACAUGACAUGGCUGCUUGAGACAUGAACUUUUUAUCCUCGUGUAUCUCCGUGCAGCCAUGUAAUAUCCUGUAUAUAUACCCAUACACAACAUGCAUGUUAUAGGAAUACUUUUCUCUUCAGUUGUGAAACUAUAAAAGUGCAUUAAUGUUCACCACAUAGGCUAUAUGAAAAGCCAAAAUCUAGCCUGGGCACCCUGGAUUUCAUGGGUUUGGGGCACUUGGUUCAGAUCCCUACAGUUUUUCUUAGAGUAGCAUAGCUUUGUAUUCCAUCAUAAGACUUGGCAAGUACUGUAUGUCUACUCCCCUAAGAGACUUUACUGGUUUGAAUUGACCUGCCCUGUUGGAAAUUUCACAUUAUUGCAUGUAGGUUUAUCCCCCCUCCUUUGCUGACCUUCCAUCAGCCAAUUGUGUAUGUUUUCUGUGACCACACAUUUGAAGAAACAGGCACCAUUCAGUUACAUGCAUGGUUUAAAAUCAAAUUACCAUUUGAAGUAAUAAGAUGUCAAUCUAAAAUUAAAGUGAAAGGUUGUGUUUAUUAUUAGACAUGUCUGUUACUGGGUGCACAUUAUAGCCAUUUUCAAGUGUGGUCUGUUUUAACAAUGUCAUCAUCAUUAUACUACCAGCUGUAAAAAAAUCGCGUUUUGUUUUAAUUUAAUUUAAUUUUUUUUUUUUUUCAUAUUAUACAGCUUGAUCUUCAACCCACUGGCAAACUACUCGUCCAAGUCAGGCAUUUUAUUGAAGUCAUAGGUAACAAUCCAUAAUUGAAUAAGUGUGGAAAGUAAAUUAAAAUAAUAGUGCUUUCCAAUGCACCUUUAAGCUCCAAAAGUGACCAAUGUUAAUUUUCUCCUUUAAAAAAUUUCAAUACAUAAUAAAGCAAAAAGAUUCUAAGAAUUGACAAAAUGAUCACCAAGGGGGAAUGUUUGAUCUUUUAUCAAAUUCUCCUAAAUAAUUCUUUAAGAAAAAGUAUGGAGAGCAUUUUGGAGAAUUUGCAUGUGGAUAUUGGGAAAUAAAAGGUAAGAGGCUCUGCCAGGGGGGGGGGGGGGGGGCGGGACCCCCCACCGAUUUUAAAAUACUUCCGGUUUUUUUUUUUAAAAAAUCGUUUUUUUUUUUUGUCUUUUUCGCUCCCCUUGCACAUUUUGUGCGGGGUGUGGUUUUUUUUUGUGUUUUUUUUUUUUCAUCCGUUUCUGGUUUUUGUAGUGAGUUUAUAUCUGAUAACGUCGCACUACUGUGUCUUUUACUCUCGUUCUUAACAUCACACCAUGCUUGUCUAGUCACCCAUUACAUUACAAAAAAAAAAUCCAACAAAUAAACGAACGCGAUGGAUAGGAAGCGAGGAAGCGGGGGGGGAGGGCGGCGUGGGGGGGGUGGGGGGGGGGGGGGGGGGGGGGGGGGGGGGUCAGUGUCACCCAUCUGAAUUUUAAAACGUCUCGUGUCUUUUUUUUAUAAAUGCUUGUUGCUUAUUGUCGGCUUUGCCGUCACUGUCACAAUUUGGCCGAGGAAGGUUGUAUCUUGUCAUGAUUUCAUUUUACACGCUGUCACUGCUUUUUGGGCCAUGUCGCUUGUCGGAAUUUACCCUGGCAGGGCCUCAGGUAAAGUAUACACUGUGGCAUUUUGCUACCCUGGGCAGUCCUCAUAGUGUUAAUAGUGCAAAUGACAGUAAUGUCAUUGGUUAAUCCAGGAAAUUCGUUGGGUAUGAUUUUGGCAAAGAAAUGCAUUUGAUUUAAACCCUAACCCUAUAACACAUAGAGCAAUUGUAAAUGAAUAGACUGUGACAAUUUUUUACAGCUUAGAACCUGAACACAACUCCACAAAAUGUAUCAGAACAGAUUUUUCUCAACAUAGCUCACUAUGUUAACUUUUCAAACUAGUACAUAACCCAUCUUACUUAACGUAAGUUCUGUUGCCUUCUGUUCAAAGGUUCAGCUAGAAGUAAUGUUCAACCGUUUCAAUGUAAAACUUGCGUUAAAGUUUUUAUUGCUCAUACUUUUUACAGAUGAUCCCUCAAAAGAAGGAAAGCCUCAUGAGAACCACAGUGGGCUCACUGGACGUCGUGGCGCCAUGCGAAAGCAGAAAUGUCACAUCAUUAGAGGGCAUAGAUUUGUUGCUAGAUUUUUUAGGCAGCCUGUUUUCUGUUCCUUCUGCACAGAAUUUAUGUGGUGAGCAAGUCUUGAAUUUACAGUUGAUAAAACUCUAAACUCCAACACUCUUUUUCAUCAACGGCAAACAGAAAGAAUUACUGUCUCCUUUUUUGUGCCUCGGCUGAAAAUUGCACAGUUCUCCCUUUUGCCACUAAAAAUAAUGAUUUCCAUGUAUGUUUUUACUCUUCUGCAGGGGAUUCAAGAAACAAGGUUAUCAGUGUACAGGUAGGACUUUUACUUUGUAACAGUUUGUCCACAAAAUGAAUACCAUAAACUUCCGCUUAGAAGCCCUCAGCAUGUACUGUAGGGGGUUUUAGGAUCAGGGCUUAUAAAAAGGGGACUUAUAUCCGGGGGGGGGGGGAGCUUACAUGUAUGAGCGAACUAUAAAAAGCAUUUCAAAACAAGCUAUAUAUAUACAGCAGAGUUGAUCAAAAUAUUUUUUGAAUUCACUUGCUUUUUUAAACUUCAAGAUGUCGUAAAAGAUCAAGUUCAUUUCAAUACAAGCUAAAGGAGGGGCUAUUAUGGGGGGGGGGGGGGGGGGGGUUUAAAGGGGGGGGGUUUUAAACAAAAGGUUAGGGUUUUUUUAAAAAAGGGGGGCAAACAAAGGGAAGAAAGGGGGCCUUUCAAAAAUUUUCUUCCCCUCCUUUUUAAAGUACAAAAUUUUUUUUUACAGAUUUUGGGAAAAUUUUUUUUUUUUCUUUUUUUUUUUGAUUGAUAUAAUGUAACAAGUGAUAUAACAUAAAUCAUUAAUCUGAUAAAAGAUGGAUUGAUAAUUUCUUUUAAUUGUUGUUUUGUUUUUUAAAAAGGGAAGAUCAAAAAAGAUUAGCAUUUUUUUGAUAAAAAGGUGAGGGGGGGACGUUGGUGGGGGGGGGGGGGGAGAGUUAUAAGUGGAGAGCUUUUAACCAGAAGCUUACGGUAUUUUUACAGAAUGAGUGCAACUACAGGCAGUAACUGGGACCUUUCACAAAUUUACUCUCCAUCCAUUUGAAGUAGCAGAAUUUUUUUUGCACAGAUUGAGGAAAUCUUGCUUUUUUGCAUUUUAGUUUGCACAAUGGUAUGCCACAAGAAAUGCCAUGAGCUUAUCCUUAGCAAUUGUCCAGGAACACAAAAUCUGACAGAGGAAACCAAGGUAUUUAUUCUGCAAUAUUAUUUUUAAUACUGUACAUGCAAGUCAUACACUUUUGCAAACCGCAGGGUACCAACCACCACAUUAUAUCAAUUUGUGCAUACCUAGUAUGCGCCUUACUUAAUUCUCUCUAUAUUCCCCUCAGUGUUUUACCCGUAGUUGAAGUAAGUGCUGCUCUCAAAUAAGCGUCACUCUCAUAAAAGUGCUGCACCCAUAACAAGGAAAAUGAAAUAAAAUAAUUGAUCAUUUACGGUAACUAAGAUAAACAAGAAGUGGGCCUGGGCGCAUAAAUGUGAGACCUGGUUGCUUAAAGGACAGGCUGAGGAAUUCAAGUUUUUUCAAGCCCUGCUUUUUUCAACCCCUUAUGUGAAGACCAUUUUUCCAACAACUUUGAAUGCCUUUGUUAUUUACAGAAAAUGAAGGAACGGUUUAAGAUUGACAUGCCACAUAAAUUCAAGGAAACAACUUUCUACUAUCCGACAUUCUGUGACCACUGUGGAUCCAUGAUUUAUGGAAUGCGCAAACAAGGGUUAAGAUGUAAAGGUUAGUUGUCUUUUCGAAAAUCCAUUACAAUUUCUACAGUAGCCUGAAUUUCAUCCGAUUACUUCGAGUCGUUAUUACUACAGCUGUUUACAACUAACGUACUUGAUGGCGGCUCAAAAAAAUAUGUUUUAUUAAUUACGAACUAUCAAUGUCUUAAUACAAGAAGUCAUAAUAACUUCAAACAGGGGCACCCAACGGCAAUUUUCGGGAAAAUAUCUGUUUGGAAGACGAUUUGAGAUCUAGAAUUUUCGGAGCAUUUGUUGUAAAAUUUCUUGCUUGCCUGCCUCUCCUUGGAUUUUCGAACAUCUACAAAAUGGUAUCAUUACCCAUUUUUAACGGAUUUUGACCCUAAAAAAGGCCACCUAGAAUUUUCGGGAGCCUUUUCCUGGCUGUUUUUAUCCCUAUAAUUUUCGGAUCACUAGACUUUCAGCUAGGAAAUCCGAACAGAUGAAAAGUUUUUAGGGGAUAAAAAUAUGCGUAUAUCUACCGUUUGAAUACUAAAAUACGUUCAACAAUGCUAUGUUAAGUGGUUUUGAACUAUAUCCUCGUUGGGUGCCCCUGUUCAACUGGCAAAUUACACAAUUUAAACCAUUUUUUUAAGUAUCCGUUAUUUUAAAACUCAACAGCUGACGAUAUUGACAACAUAAGGGUUUGUGUACUUGAUUUACUUGAAAAAAAGGUUAAACAACAGCUGAGGGGCCCGGGAAUAGGGCUGCAAAUAAUAACAAAUAAUAAAAAAACUCAUUUUUGUUCGUCUGUCUGCACCCGCACAGCUGUACGUUAAGUUGUAGGAUGUGUAGAAAUGUAAAGACUGAAACUAUUAAAUUGAAACCUGCUGCUUAAUUUUUCCACAAAAUAAGUGUUUACCGAACGAAUUACUUCCACGUUGAAAGAGUACCGAAGGCAGUGGGGUUUGACUCGUCUGGUAAGUGUUGUAAGGUACCUGGAUACCGCAGUAAAAAAACGAAGCAGUGCAAAUUUCUAACUAAAAGCUAGUCUUAUACUGCUGUAUGAUAUUUUUUAUAUCAUCCAAUUUUUGUGUGUUGUUUAUCAUUUUCUUUGUAAGGGGCGACAGCGAAGUCAAGUUGUGGUAACGCUUUUAAAAUUCAAAAGCCACUUUUUCCACAAAUGAAAAAUGAUAAGACGUAAAAAGGAAAAAAAGGUUAAAACAUUUAUUCUAGGAAAAGAGACCUAUUCGAAAACGUACAUAAGUUAAGGCUUAGUCCAAACGUCUAACUUUUCGUGAGACGAACCAAACUCUCAUUUGGGUCGAGCUAAAUUAAGAGCGUCUGUUGGGUCAGACUGGAACUAAUAACGACACGUCGAACCAAUCAACGGAUUGAAUCAGACAAAAAAGCAAUUUUAGCCGGCUAGUACUAAAUUUUCGUCCGAAAGAGGCUAAAUAUACAUUAUAAUACAAAUUUUUGGUUUAUUUGUUUAUUUGGUAGCGGGUAAAGACCGACGUUUGCCCGGAGACGAUUUUGAGACAUUCUAUCCGUCUGAAGCAGACGGAUAGAACGUGUUGGACGAACCAAACUCAUUCAGACGAACUUGACUGGGCCAGACGUCGAAAUUUUCAUGAACUUUGCUCACUAAGUUUGGUUCUUCUCAUGAAUGUUCGACGUUUGGCGUAGUCGGUCCUGAUAUAAUGGGCAGUCUUUCCUGCUAUGUUUGUCCCCCAAUUUUGGUGCGGCACACGUUCUAAAAAAAACUACCAAGUGUACCAUGUUCGUUUCUUCCUAAAACGAGCAUGUUCAGCAACGUUUUCCUUGAAGCAUUUUCUAGGAAAAUCAAAUUCUACUUUUCGCAACGAUUAUUGAAAGGCUAGAGCGUUCCAUGUAACCUGUCACGCACCAAGGCAAAAAAAAAACAGGCUAGACAACAUGAGACUGUAAACAGUCUGAAAGGAACAUGAAACCCUAUCCCCAUUUGAUCUAAACUUUGUCGUUGCCUUUUGCAGAUUGCAACAUGAACUGCCACAAAAGAUGUGAAUCCGUCGUCCCAAAUCUCUGUGGAAUAAACCAAAAGUUGCUUGCAGAGGCUGUUGCUCAAUCUAAGGUAAGCAUCACGUUCGAUUUAGGCGCUGUUUACACCGAAAAAAAAUGUGUCCAAAGGUCAACGUUCACACGUACAUUGUGACCGUCCACACAAGGCCAUCUAUGGCUUUGAGUAGUCGCGGAAAGAGUUUGAAAGGAUGCAAAUUGAGUUUUUCACUGAUUUUUCCAUUUGUGUCACCCUCCCUACUGUAACUUACAGUCCAGCUUUUCAAAUACAAUUGAAUUUUCCCGGGAUUGAAUUCUAAAGACCGAGAAAAAGAAAUUUACCGUCUUGUGUUUGUGUCCUCCAAAAAAUGUUGCGUCACGAAGUUUUACAUCCUAACUGCUCAGUGACGGCAAAGUUCGUUACUGACCAAUUUUUUCUCCUGGCCCCAAUAAUAAUCCCAGAAGUCUUUGCGAAAGUUAAGUCGGCCCAGUUUCUUGCUCGUGUCUAAAGUGGCGCGCGCAGCGCACGAAGUUUGGGUACUAACCCGGUUUUAUUUGUCUCUGUCAGGAUGACAUCAGAAAGCGUAAAAUCAGCCAAGAACAGAAACCGGGUGGGUCAAAAGGCAAGAGUUCCCCAACCUCAAGAAAAGACGAAGAUAGCGACGAUGAUGAUGUUGGCGUGUAUGAAGCUCUCUGGGACGCUAUCUCUCCUCCUCUUCCGCAACGAACUUCCAGCAUCGCUGGCAAAGACGUCAGAAGGAUUGAACAGAAAAUCCACCAUAUUGACGACUUUAACCUCCUGAAGGUUUUGGGAAAAGGCAGUUUUGGAAAGGUAUUGUGUCCAAACAGUUGCCCUUUUUCGCUUUUCCUUUUCUCGAGGGUGAAUAAAUGGCGUGGGUCUGUGGAUUGUGGUUCGUGCGUCGUGCGUCGCGUACAGGUCGUGCGGCUUGCUUGUUAAAGAUAAACAAGCAAGUAUACCUUUCCUCAAAUCUUAAUAAAUCGCUUUUCCCUGGGCACAGAAAGCCGGAGACUGUUACAGCUGUUUUUAUUUGAGGUCUCGACGCGAUGGGCAAGUGCGCGAAAAACCGCCGAAAUUUGAUGCGUCCUCAUUUAUCAGUUAUAGACUUUAGAAUGAAGAUGCUUUGAUUUAAUUAUUUUUAAAAUUUGUCGACAGGUUUUGCUUUGCGAGUUGAAGGAGACAAAGCAAGCUUUUGCCAUCAAGGCACUGAAAAAAGAUGUCGUGUUAGAAGAUGAUGAUGUGGAGUGUACGAUGGUGGAACGAAGAAUCCUGGCUUUAGCCACAAGACAUCCCUUCCUAACUCAUCUUCAUUCUGCCUUUCAGUCCCAGGUAUUAGAGAGAGAGAGGAAUUUCGGUCGUUUCGCCUACGUGUAGAGUCUAUUCGCCCGCGUCUAGAGUCGAUUAGCCUGCGUCUAAUAUGUCUACCAUGAAAGGGCUUUAGAUUCUGAGGCGAGGACGUCUACGAGAACUAGAUUUUCGCAAUAUUAAGUUGUGCGCGCGCGCGAACCAACGUAAUUUUAGCUGGGAAAUAUGUUAGCCGUGGUCAGUCAACUACGAGUUUUAACGAGAAUGUCGUAGUGGCGAAAACAAGUGAUCAAAUGUUAGAAAUUUUAAUCAUUUAGCGAUCAGGAGAGGGUUUUACCUCCUUCAACGGAAACAAGCGUGCUAACUUUUGUGGUGAAAAAAAGUACAAUGAAGCUUUCCGGGGUGUCUAUUUGUAGAGAAUAGGCGAGAAAGCUGAAAAUUCAAUCGUAGUCGUCCUCGCACUCGAAUCUAAAGCUCUCUAUUAGCAACGACGACGAUGACAGCAACGAGAACGUCUAAAAGCGAUAGGUUUGGGCCGGAAACUUUGUUCACACGGGACCGUUCAACAUUUGCGCUCUGUUCACACGGAAUUUUGAACGGCUAGGCGUCAGAGGACGUAAACAAGGACGUAGAUACGCUAACGCUUAGCUCUCAAUUCUUGGUUUGCAACCACGUGACAAGGCGGUCAUGUUGGGGUUCAAUGUAAUAGAAUUUUUUUCUCGAAGAAUCUACAUGAAAAUAGAGUUUAGUUCCCAGAGGAGAGAAAUGCUUUUGUUCUUGACCGCCAACAUUGCCGCCGUGACUUCACAUGCAAACCAGCAAUUGAUUCACUGUUUGAUUGAUGGAUGGAUGUAUCGAUCGACUAAUUAAUUGAUUGGCUGACUGACUGACCGACUGACUGAUUGAUUGACAGAUUGACGGACUGGUUGGUUGGUUGGUUGAUUGAUUGAUUGAUUGAUUGAUUGAUUGAUUGAUUGAUUGAUUGAUUGGCAGGAUCACCUGUUUUUCGUCAUGGAGUACCUUGGAGGCGGUGAUCUUAUGUUCCAUAUACAGUCAGUCGGCAAAUUUGACGAACCACGAUCCAGGUACGUGACUGCAUUGAUUUUGUUGAAACGACGACGCUUAUGAGCCCUUAGGCUUUCUAACUGUCUUACUGGAUGAGAUUCCAUUCUUCCGCAAUUCAAAACAACACCUACUGACCAGUAGUUUUCUGUAUCAUCGGCUAAUUAUUUUACAUUUUCCUCCCACAGAUUCUAUGCAGCUGAAAUUGUUUGCGGUUUGGAGUUUUUACACGAUCGAGGAAUUAUUUACAGGUUUGUUUUAAUGGACGUGAUAGAUAGAGGAAUUUUUUAACUGAAUAUUGUGACAGCAAAUCCCAAGAGAUGUUGAUGAUCCAACUAACCAAUCAGAUCUCUAGAAAAAGAGCGAGAAAUCGCUUCGCGGUUGGUUUUGGUUUAAUUUGUGGUUUUUAGCCUUAUUUCUAAAAUAGUCUAUAUUUUCUUCGUUGUUGAAUAUGGAACAAACCCGACACUGCCUCGUACCCAGACGUCUCUCUUUAAACGUGCGCGCAAAGGAAGGCGGGAAGGAGAUAACGGGCGAGACGUCUGGCAGAUCUUGUUUUCAAGAUGGCGGGAAGAGUAAUGGCGGACAAACAUGCAAUUUUUAAAAUAAGUUCACCCCUGUGCAUUUUGCGAAUUUUGAGCGAAUCAUUGCCUAUCCACGUCGUGUUUAUGAAGAGGAAGCUGUUUUCACCCCACACAUUGGACAUUGGAUUUGACAUAAUGUUUACUACCGAACUUUAAAUCGAAAAACUACUAGCCGCGGACGGGACAGUACUGCCUUUAAUUUUCAUGAAAUUCCGCACGCCAAGGUAACAGCCGGUCAGGAAAUUUAGUAAGUUAGUAAUCGUUUCUGUUAAGGUCCCUAGUGAUGAAACGAUCUCUUUAGUCGAAGUGAAAACAUGAUGGCGAGCUGAGAAUUGUGAGAAUUGUUGCAACAGCCAAAUGAAGCCAAAUAUUUUGUAAAGCUUUAAUACUAUUUGCUGCACGCUGCAUCUUGAGUACUCGAAAAGGGAACAAACCAGUCUGACUAGUCUCAAGACGUCUAAGUUAUGUUAUUAAAUAGAUAAUAAAUCUGCUAAAUUUUUGUCUCAGGAUUUCGCAUUGUGUAUCAUUUGCACGACAAUGUAAGCUUAUGUACUUACAGGAAAAACAGCCACAAAACUAGCUCUAGGCUUUUUUUAACUUGCAUUUUUUUAUUGUUCGAUUACCACUGGGUACUAGACUUGUCGCUGAAUGCACAGCCUGGUGUAAAUAAAUCCUACUUACUUUUUAUUUAUAUGCCUGGUCUCUAUUGUUUUCUAUUUGUUUUUGUGAUAUUGCACAGUAGACCAAUUUAGUUUUGCCAUGCUCUUUUAUAGCACAUCACGUGUGUCUUAAAUUAUUGGUAACUUUGAUUUUAAGAUGAUAGACAAUUUUGUUACCCUGAUGGAAGAGGGCGAUGUGGUUGAUGAGAUACCACCGUAACUACCAUUUAGCCAGACAGGAGACAUAGCCCUAGACACUUUUUAAAAAAAUAAUUGUGUUUGAAUAUUUCAAAUUUCAUAGCAAACAAGAUGCUGUGAAUGCCAUUUUAGAGAAUAAUGAUUGCAUUGUCCUAAUGCCAACUGGUGGUAGGAAAGACUGAGUAUUAUGAAGUUCUUGGGAUCAUUCUACCCAGAUUCAACAUUGUUGUUCCUGUGAUUGCUUAUACAUGGUUCCUUUCUUGGCAAACCUGUGGUAGCAUAAAAUUCCCCUCACAAGUCUUCUGAAGGGGUAGUUUUUGACCUGCUUUGGAGUUGUAGAGGAAUACAAGAUCAUAUCAUAAUUAUCAAUGGACCCAGAAUUGCCAAAUGCAAAAAACAUUAACAUAAGUAUAGAUGGUUCUGCAGAACUACUAACCCCCAACCCCCUUCCUAGAAAUUUUAACUACAAAAUUAUAAUCAAGAUACAAGCAUCGAAUGGAAAGAACAGGAAAAACAGGCCCCUGGACAAACUGGAAGAAUAUGCAGUAAAAAACACUACUUCACUAUUAGUAGGCUGAUGUCAGGUCCAUUAACAGUGUCAAGUGGUGAAAAAUGCCAGCUGUUUUAAGUAUGGACCAGAAGCUCAGCCAUGCAAAACCCUCACCCCUUUCCAUUGCUUCCACCUCACCCAGAGAAAUAGAAAAUAUUGCUCCUAUUCCUUAAAUUAGUGUCACUGGACAUUGAAAUGAUGUAUGCUUUAUGAACUUCUGCCAAGAUUAUUGAACUGAGAUGUGCUCAGGUAAUUGAACUAUGGUCAGCAAAAGAGAAAAGCUGCACCCCUAAUCAAACUUAAACUCGAUCUAGCUGUCUUACCCAAAGUAAUAAAAUACUUUGCUCCGGCUAUAAUUCCUUCGUUUUGGACAAUGGAAAUUGGGUUGAUGUGUGUUUUUUGAACUAAUGCUGUGACAAAAGCAUGUGUACAGUUGCCCCUUCCUCUGUACAUGGGUUACUGAGAUUAUUGAAUGGGCAUGUUGUCAUUGAACUGAAUUCUGUUAAAAAAGGGUUAAGCCCAUUCCCCUUCUUUUACAUUUGUGUGUCCCAAUAACUACACAUUGAGACUAUAGACCUGGAGUUUGAGUGAGAUGUAGUAGUGUGGUCAUUGAAUCAUUGUGUUUUAACUGAACAAAAUACUUUAUUCAACCUUUAUUCAAGUCUUGCAAUAGGGGUGCCAUCAUGCCAGACAUCUAGCUAAAUAAAAUUAGUAGUGUAACAAUUAAUCAAAUUCUCGAUUAAUUGUGAUUAUGACCGUUCAGUUCAAUUCAGGAUUGUUUGCUUCCAUGUUGCGAGUUUGGUUCGACUUUUGCACACCUUUUCCAGGGUGCCCUAAGUGAGUUAUUACAUUCUAAAAUAAGAAUCCAGAACUCUUUAAUGUGCGUUUUUGAUUGAUGAGCAAAGACAAUAGUAGUUUGUGCGCCAUUUUGCGUUGCCUGGUAAAAAUGUUGUAUUUGGAAAUUCUCAAGGGAAGGUUGAAGGAAGGCAAUUAACCAUGUGCGACACACUCUUUGUCAGGUUCUGAAACAUGGCGACGAACAAAGCAACUGUGAUUCCUACUGUCCCUGUUACUAUUCUUAUAUUGAGGGUUUAGGGUUGCAUGCUGUUUACAUUAUGCGUUAUGUAUAAGAAUUAAGAAACAUUUACAUAAUCGAAUCGAAAUCAUAGAAAGGCAAUAAUCGAAAUCGAAUCGCAAGGAAUAUGAAUCGUUACACCCGUAAAUAAAAUGAAAUAAAGUUAAAACUAAUGAUAGCAAUAACAAAAUCUCCUACAAAAGAUAAAAUCGAUAAAAAUAUUAUAGCAUUAUUUAUUGUACAAUAUAACAAAAUACUAAAAAAAUUAAGCUAGAAAAGACUGCCUUUACAGCUGGAGAUUUUCGUCUCCCUCAUCAAGAUUGACAGAGGUAGUCCAGAAUGAUGGAUUGAUCAAUGCUGGCACCUUCCUUCUCUUCAACACCUUCCCUGAUCCGAAAAUAAAGUUCAUUACUAAUCUCUCGAGAAUCUAGGGAUCUUAUACCGAGAGUCAGGUAAUUGUAAGCUUCAACAAGUUAAGCAUUUUUAUUUAUUUUGUCAAAAGCAUCAACUUAAAUGUAUCCAUCUGUCGGUGGUUUCAUAGUUAGUAACGUCGCAGACUUAAAUCUUGGUGUAAGGACAUAAUGUGGUCUUGAUAAUCAACUCCUGACCUUGCACAAUCUAGCUAGGCCUUGCAGUUCUUUCAAAGGUUACUUGCUCGUUGUUCGGUGGAUUUGACCUAAAAGAGCGAAAAAUAGAAACAUGGUCGCCUACGCUGUACUUUACUAAUCCGGAUUCUGCAAUAAACGACAAGUUAAAUACUAAAAUAUAAGGCUUACCCGAUACCGUCAAGUCAUCAAAUAUUUUGUUAGAGGUCUUCGAUUCGUAAGAAUCCGACUCCUUUGCAGCCUAUCGAUUAUUUCUACCUCAGGUUUUGGAAAUUUUGAGACAUUUACCUGUCUACUCAAAGUUUACAAUGUUUACAACAAUAUGCUACUAAAAUUGAUCGCUUCCAAGACUUAAAAAGACCAAAAAUUGGGCCGUGCCAAGAAAACGACUUUUUUGCCAAGAAAACGACACAAGAUUCGACACAAGAUCUGGCAGGCGCUUCGCCUGCCGUCUGUACCCUUCCCAUGGUCCCCUGCGGUUCAUCACCAGUCACUCGUUUCGCGCUCGCCUCUGCCAUGCGAAAAACGAAGCGCCUGAGGAGGAGGCUGAACCCGACACGUAUGUUUAAUAAACUGAGCCCGGAAACUUGAGAACAAAUCAAAUAAGCGACAAUACAGUUGCUUUGGGUAUCCCCAUCCCACAAUAAUGAACCCUCUGAAGGUCUCUGGUGGCUUUAAGCUCAUCCACGGUUAAAUCUGCUCUCCCCUUACAGAGAUUUAAAACUUGACAAUGUUCUGCUGGAUUCAGACGGCCACAUAAAACUAGCCGACUUUGGUAUGUGCAAGGAAGGUAUUCUAGACUCCAAGAAAGCGUCAACAUUCUGUGGGACACCUGAUUACAUUGCACCAGAGGUAUGCCGACAAAAUUUUUCGCUUUACGCACUUUUCUUUUUAUAAGAAUAUCAAGGCUGGAAUUUGCGAAAUUUUAAGAAUAUUUUAAGAAUAAACCCGAGAUGGAUAUUUUGAAUAGGAUUUAAUUUUGUUUGGAAAAUGUGUACAAUACAAUUGUAUGUUUUUAACUUGACCGUAUAACUGUAAUUGAUACGUCCCAAUACAUUAAAAACGGAUUCCGAAAUGUCAUAAGCCAUAAUUUAAGAAUUAUAAUACAGUAAUAUUUUCAGCCUAAUGUCGGUGGGAAAAUAAGAAUGUUCAGCCUGGACCGGAAAAACAACGGCUGUUAAGGCGUAAGCACUGUUCUGUUAAAAUUCACUUGCGUACGUUUGUAUAUGUUUCAGAUUUUAAAGGGAUGGAAAUAUGACUCGGCAGCUGAUUGGUGGUCCUUUGGUGUUCUUGUAUACGAGAUGCUGAUUGGCCAGGUAUGAUCACAUGGUCUUAAUAAGCUAUUCACAAGUACCUUAAUGCCGCUGACAGUAAUGCCAACCUGAAAAGGAGCUCUUAAAUUAUGAGAAAGAGAAAUGAACAGCAAAGAUCUCCCGUGUGCCUAACAGUUACUGAGCUCUUGACAAUAUUCCCUUAGAGCUUGCAUUUUGUUAAUAAUACGAAACUGCAACUUAAAUGUGAUAAAAAUUGUGGACAAGGACGCUAAAGUAACUGUUCGGUUUUAUAGUGUCCCCCAAGCAUUGUAUUAAACGUUAAAAACAUCAAGAAUGAACUUUGAAAAACUGUUAGGCUAACAAGUUUUCAAAAACCACAAUUGCAGUCAGUCCGUUCCAAUCUUCUUCAAGUUCUUCUAUUCGUGCCUUCUUUUGUAUUUUGCUGUUAUUUACACCCUCUUUUUCAUGUUUUAAGCAGUUACUUCGAUGUUUCAUACAAUUUGCUGCCAGUUCGCGCUGUUUGAAUUUUGAUAAAUUUCCCGACUCAGCUCUUUUAACUUUUCAUGACUCGUGUUGUUCGUUGUAUUUUGUUUUCUCUAGUCUCCUUUCGCCGGUGAAGAUGAAGAAGAUUUGUUCGAUUCCAUCUGCCGCGACAAAGUUCAUUAUCCAAAAUGGAUAUCAAGCUCCGCGGAAGACGUGUUGAGCCAGGUAGGUACAAAACCUCAAGACUGCGUGACAUACUAGACUGUUAGCGUGACCUGAUAUACAAGGCGUGUUUGCAGUUUAUUGACAACUUUCAGUUAUUAACGGCGCUUCAAGCGACGCAGCACACGGAAAUGCGUUAAAUAUAAAAUGUGGGAAUGACUGUGACUUCUUCUCCACGAAACCAGUGCGUUUGGACAAAACACGGACGAGUAUGGCGUUGCCUUUUGUCAGAUAAUUUACGCACGUUGUAAAACGCGCUGGGAAAAUGCAUUUGGGGUACCCAGUAGUCGCUUAAUCAGCCCACCGCACUUUGAAUCGCUACCUGGCUCUGUUAAAUUCAAAAAGGUUGGAACCGAGAGAGAGAAAAAUGUGAGGCAGCAUUAUCUUUGGUUCAGACAGCAGAGUGCAAUGAAAGGACUUCCUAAAGAUCUCGCUCGGAGUUUUGGCGUAAAUGUUAAGCAGCCCUAGAAAACCAAACAGGCAGUCGAGGUUAAAGAAAAUCGCUCUGCAAGUGUAACUUAAAGUAAUCGCUUUACUCAGAAUCAGUUUCCUUUUUAUCUGCAGUUGUUUGAAAGAGCUCCAGUAGAAAGGCUAGGCUACAGAAAUGGCACAAAUCCCAACAUCCGCAACCACAAGUUUUUCGACCGCAUCAACUGGACAAAGCUAGAACAGAGGAAGAUAGACCCUCCAUUUAAACCGUCAGUGGUAAGUGAAUUUCUACACUAAGCCCAGUUCAAAUGUCUAUCUCUUUAAGUACUGAACCUAAACCCUUCAAAACAAAUUGAGAAGAUCAGCGUUUGAAUCAACAAGCCAUGUCCGAGUUUCCGAGAGCUACGUGCAAAACAAUGUUGGCAGUUGUUGCGUCCCUUUGCACGUAGUUAAAAGUUUGACCGGUUUCGAACUUUGCGCAACAACUCUUAACAGCAGACAACAUGGAAAUACGUUAUCUAAACCCCUAGAACUGGCUUCGGAGAAGAUUGACACCUCUUUUGAGCGAAGUGUUUUCUUUUCCUCCUUUCUUAGGCGUCGGAUCACGACACCAAGAACUUUGAUCCUGACUUUACUAUGGACGUGCCGCAGUUUACGCCAACCGACAAAGAUUUGCUUCAGUCUAUGGAUCAGGGACAAUUCAAAGGAUUUUCGUUUGUUAACCCAUACUUUGGCGUACAGCAGUGAGUUGGUACUUGUUCUGAACACUGUAAAUGUCUGUACUUUUUUUUCCAAGUGCUGUUUUCCAUGUGAUCGCUGAAAUCGCGUGGAGUGACGUAUCAUCAGUCUCGGGCCGCUGUGGGAUGUACUAAAAAGCUGGACAAAAUAUCUAUCCCAAGGCCUCAAUUGAUCAAAGAGAUGAUUCAAAGAUAGAGCCCCUUACUGGAUUGGAAAUAGGCUAUAUGGAGCAUGUUUCAUCAUAGCCUUAUUGGAAGAUUAUGGACGUUUUCAAAUAUCUACUACCACGACCCUCUACAAGUAGACUUUUUCCCAUGUUAACAUCGGGCCACUUUGUUGACAAAUACACUUUCAUGCUGUAAAGGUGAAAAGAGAGGACUGAUGCGAUAAAGUAUGAAUUUGAAAUGGCCUUUUUCACAAACGAUGUUUGGUGAUAAAGUUAACAAGUCUGGAUAUGUGGGGGGUUAGGGAUGGCGAAAGUCUAUCCAAUAGAAAUAGAAAUUCUCUUAACAUUUAAGAUUUUGGUAAAUUCGAUUAUAUUAUGCACACGAACUUAAGGGCUGUUAAGUUAUUAAUCAACUACAUCCCAAUAUUCUGUAUUGAUUUUCUCCUUACUUGCCUGCGGUGUAAUUCAUUAAUAUUGUAGGGAGAAUUAAGAUUAUAAUUUAGAGACAACGGGUCAAAAGACCCAAAGUAAUCGACUGAGGUAGACAUAUUGUUUGUUUUACCACUUUCCCCGUAAGAAUGGUAGUACAUAUUAUUUGCUGAUUCGUUUUUAUUUGUAUGUUUUUCGUAUUUUCUCACUUUUAUGUCGGGUAGGAACUCAGAAGGAAAUUAUUCCUUCUCGAAGGAUGUCUUACUUUUUAUCUGUACAUAUAAAUUAUUUCCACGAAGUUCGCAGUUUGAAGG